GCAAAUCUGUCUUAUUGAGAAAGAAGCUUUUCCUUGAUUAGAACUCUCACUCCCUGUCAUAUCCUGCUUAUAUCCUAAAUGGAUAGUCUCUCUCUAAACACAUUCUCCCCCUUGGACACAAAUACCUUUUCUGAUGAAUCAAAAAUGGUAAUAGAUUUCAUUGCUGAGUAUUACAAAAACAUAGAAAAAUACCCAGUUCAAAGCCAGGUUCAACCUGGAUAUCUCUCGACUAAGUUGCCUAAAUCUGCACCGUAUUGCCCUGAGUCAAUCGAAGAUAUCCUGAAAGAUAUUUCUGAUAGCAUUAUACCUGGCCUGACACACUGGCAAAGCCCCAACUUCUUUGCCUACUUCCAAAUAAAUGCUAGCAAUGCCGGUUUUCUUGGAGAGAUGCUUUGCUCAGGAUUGAAUGUUGUUGGCUUCAACUGGAUUUCAUCUCCUGCUGCCACGGAGCUUGAAUCUCUUGUCGUGGAUUGGAUGGGAAAUUUGAUGAAACUCCCGUCCUCAUUUCUUUUCUCAGGAAAUGGAGGUGGUGUCUUGCAUGGAAGCACUUGCGAGGCUAUAAUUUGUACCCUAGUCGCAGCAAGAGACAGAGCCCUGAAAAGAUUGGGAUGGGAUAAAAUCACAAAGUUGGUGGUUUAUGCCUCUGAUCAAACACAUGCAACUCUUCAAAAAGGCACUAGAAUAGUUGGCAUCCCAUUUUCCAAUAUCCGUUCCCUUCCAACAUCAUAUUCAUCAGGGUUUUCUCUGUCAAGUCGAACAUUGCAGGAAGCAAUCGAAAACGAUAUAAAAUCUGGGUUGGUUCAUCUUUUAUGUGCAACUGUAGGAACAACAGCCUGUGGAGCAGUUGAUCCUAUAGAAGAGUUGGGGAAAAUAGCUAGGAAAUACGACUUGUGGUUUCACAUCGAUGCAGCUUAUGCAGGAAAUGCCUGUAUUUGCCCUGAGUUCAGGCAUUAUCUCAACGGGGUAGAACUUGCAGACUCAAUCAGCAUGAACCCACAUAAAUGGUUUCUUACUAACAUGGACUGCUGUUGUUUGUGGGUUAAGCAACCUGAUUCCCUAGUGGAUUCACUAUCUAUCGAACCAGAAUACCUGAGGAAUACUGCUAGUGAAUCCGGUGCUGUAAUAGACUAUAAAGAUUGGCAAAUUGCACUGAGCAGACGAUUCAGGGCCAUAAAGCUCUGGGUUGUGAUUCGUAGACAUGGAUUGGCUACCCUUAUGCACCACAUACGCAGCGACGUGAACAUGGCGAAACGUUUUGAGUCAUUGGUGGCUAAUGACAAGAGGUUUGAGAUAGUGGUGCCAAGAAAAUUUGCUUUGGUUUGCUUCAGGCUAAAGCCUAAGGAUGGAGCAAAUAGCAGUGAUGAACUGAACAGACGGCUACUGGCUAUGGUGAAUCAGAGUGGACGUGCGUUCCUGACUCAUGGGGUGGCAGGAGGAAUUUAUUUUAUACGUUGUGCAAUUGGAUCAACAUUGACUGAAGAACGACAUGUAGAUGAUUUGUGGAAGCUGAUUCAAGAAAAGGCUCAUUCUAUGCUUUCAGGUUAAUGCAAUAUAUCUUCAAUAACCAACACUAAUUAACGUUGGAAUAUGUAACCAAUUCGUUUCUGUCUUUACUUCCUUUUUUUUUUUUUUUACAUUCUUGUAUUUUGGCUUUAUGGAUCAAAUUGUUGGGAUUGUAUUUUUAUUGGGAUUGUAUUUGUAUUCACCCAUAUAUAAGCAAAAACAUAUUGGAAAUAAAAUUAUAUUUUCUUGGCCA